GAGGAACUAUCCAGAAGCGUGAACUUCUUCACCACAGCCGCAUGUGGGCAAAACGGACGCAAAUGCCGGAGAAGUGCGUAUCGGAACUAUUCCUUCUCCACAAUCCCUGUGUUUACAUUUCAUUCAACUUUCCUUUUUUUUUUAUAUGAGAACGUCUUAAAACUGACUCGCUCAAGAGAUACUAAAUUUCCAUUCACUCUAUGGCACAGGCGUGAGUAAGUGUGCUCUGAAGAUGACAGCCAAACAGAAGUGGGUAGCCCUGAAGGACCAUGUCGCCACCCCCCUGGAGGAGACCCAGACAGACGGCAACCUGGAGAAUUCCGACCCGGAGCUGUGCAUCCGGCUGCUGCAGAUCCCCACCGUGGUCAACUACUCGGGCCUGAAGCGUCGGCUGGAGGCCAGCGACAGCGCCUGGAUGACCCAGUUCCUGGAGCUGAGUGGCCUGGACCUGCUCCUGGAGGCCCUGGACCGGCUGUCUGGGUGGGGCUGCGCCCGCAUCUCCGACGCCCUCCUGCAGCUGACCUGCGUCGGCUGCGUGCGUGCGGUCAUGAACUCCUCCGCCGGCAUCCACUACAUCUCGGAUAACGAGGCCGGAUAUGUCCGCAAGCUGUCUCAAGCUCUGGACACUUCUAACACCAUGGUCAAGAAGCAAGUGUUUGACCUCCUGGCUGCCCUUUGCAUGUUCUCUGGAGAUGGCCACAGCCUUGCCUUGGAUGCCCUGGAGCACUACAAGAGUGUGAAGACCCAGCAGUACCGCUUCAGCGUCAUCAUGAAUGAGCUUCAGGCCACGGACAAUGUGUCGUACAUGGUCACCCUCCUCAGUGUGGUCAAUACCCUCAUCUUCGGCGCUGAGGACCUCAGGAGGAGAGACAGGCUGCGCAAGGAGUUCAUUGGGCUACAGUUACUGGAUAUACUUCCAAAAUUAAGGGAGCAGGAGGAGGAGGACCUGGUUAUCCAAUGUGAGGCGUUCGAGGAGACAAUGGCCGAGGAUGAGGAGGAGCUCCAGAGGAUCUAUGGGGGCAUUGACAUGAGCAGCCACCAGGAGGUGUUCUCUGCUGUCUUCACCAAAGUGAGCAGCUCUCCCUCCUCUCUCCAGCUGCUAUCCAUCCUGCAGGCCCUAAUGCAGCUGGGUCCAGACCAGGCUGAGAUGUGGCAGGCACUGGAGGCCCUUACCACCAGGGCCACACUGCUGGCCCAAGAAGGUAAGCAGUGGCAUUGCUGGGGGAGGAAGUCUGACAUGCCGUUCACUGGGCGGCCUCCUUUUCCUUCAGCCAAUGGAGGCCGCGCCUGCCCCCACGCAGCUCCACCCGGCUCCACAGCGACAGGGUUCCCGCCCGACCCUGCCGGAUGCCCACCCCCACCCAAGCCCAGGCCUGGACUCGCCAUCCACUCCCCUCCUACUGCUGGCGUGUCCCACCACCACCUCCUCCUCCCCCCUGCCUCCACCCCCUUCACGCCCUCUGGCAUGCCCCCACCGCCCCCUCCAGGCAUGGAAACCAUAAUAGUGGCAAAGACCAGUCAAUCACUGGGGUGCUCCUAUGGCUCCACCCACAAAGCAGGCCGCUGUCCCACACAUCGAAUGAAGAAGCUCAACUGGCAGAAACUCCCACCCAGAGCUGUGUCCAACAGCCAUUCAAUGUGGAUGUCGGUGCAGACGGACAGUCCCAUGGAGCUGGACUACUCCAGCAUCGAGCAGCUCUUUUGCCUGCCCCAGGUGGAUCCCAAGAGCAAGAGCACGACUGCUCCGGCCAAGAAGGAACCCAAAGAGAUAUCUUUCAUUGAUGCCAAGAAAAACAUGAACUUAAAUAUAUUCCUGAAGCAGUUCAGAUGUUCAAAUGAGGAGUUUUUGGCCAUGGUGGCGGGUGGGGACCGCUCCAAGUUUGAUGUGGAGGUGCUGAAACAGCUUCAGAAGCUUCUACCAGAAAAACAUGAGACUGAGAACCUGACGUCGUUCCAAGGGGAGCGAGAGAAACUGGCUAAUGCUGACCAGUUCUACCUUCUUCUCCUCGCUGUGCCAUGUUAUUCUCUGAGGAUAGAGUGCAUGUUGCUGUGUGAGACUGCCUGUGUGCUGGAGAUGCUGAGGUCCCAAGUGAAGGUGGUGGCCCAGGCGUGCGACGGCGUGAGACAAAGUGUUCACCUGUCCCGUUUCUGUAAGCUGAUACUUGACGUUGGGAACUUUUUCAACUACGGAAGCCACAUAGGGAAUGCUGAGGGGUUCAGAAUCAGCACCCUGCUAAAACUAACCGAAACCAAAGCCAACAAACCCCGUAUCACCCUCCUUCAUCACAUCCUGGAGGAGGCAGAACAGAACCAUGCAGACCUACUGAACCUCCCUAAUGACAUUGAGAUUUGUGAAAAGGCAGCAGGAGUGAACCUGGACUCCAUCCAAUCAGAAGCCAACUCCCUCUCUCUACGCCUGGAGAACAUUAAAAAUAAGGUGUCCUCAUCUGUGGAGGACAUCAAACAGCAGUACAUGAGUGCUAUUCAGGAGAAUAUGAAAGCCUGCAAUGACCUGGGGGAGCAGUUUGCUGAUAUUGAGAAGAAGAAGACUGACCUGGCUCAGUAUCUGUGUGAGGAUGCAUCCACGCUCAAAUUGGAGGACCUCUUUGGCACAAUCGGGACAUUUUGUGGGCUCUUCCUCAAGGCCCUCAAGGAGAACAAGAGCCGCAGGGAACAGGCCGUCAGGAUGGAGCUGAGGCAGAAGCGCCAGGCCGAAGAAGAGGCCAAGAGACAGACAGAAGGCGGAGUGAUCAAGCGAAAGAUCCCCCCGCCGCAGGAAGAAGGCUGCAUAAUUGACAACCUGCUGGCGGACAUCCGGAAGGGCUAUCAGCUGCAAAAGACGAGACCCAAGAGCAAAUUGGAAAGUCCCUUCGCUAUAGAAGUACGAAGGGAUGACGCGCAUACCAGACUAAGCGAUGUGCCUGAAAUGAACACAGACACUGGACACACCCAUACUAUUGAGGGUGUGGCCAAGGAUGGGUCGGUCAGUACAGGCCAAGAGGCACCAGCCACUCCUGUCAGGAGCAUCUGUGAUGUGCCUGACAGUAAUUCAGCAAACACUGCUCCCUCACCGCCCAGCUUGGACGUGACCUCCACCACGGACGAGGAAAACUCUGAAAAACCCCAAUCCUUUCAGAGUACGAAAAAGAACGGCGGGGAAGUGUCUACAGGACAAAGCGAAGUGCCUGAAAUAAACACAAGAGCUUCAGGCACUGUGGUCACCCAGCCACUUGCCCACACCAGAGCUGUUGAAGGUGUGGUUGAGGAUGGGUCCUCCAGUACUGGCCAAGAGGCACCAGCCACUCCUGUCAAGAGCAUCUGUGAUGUGCCUGACUGGAACUCAGCAGACUCCGCCCCCUCCUUGUCCAGCCCAGACGUGACCUCCACCACAGAUGAGGAAAACUCUGAAAAACCCAAAUCCUUCCAGAGUACGAAAACGAACAGUGGGGAAGGACAAAGCAGUGCACCUGAAAUAGAAACAAAGGCUUCAGACAUUGGAGUCUCUCAGCCCCCUGGCCUCACCAAUGCUGUUGAAGGUGUGGUCAAGGAUGGGUCCUCCAGUACAGACCGAGAGGCACCAGCCACCCCUGUCAGGAGCAUCUGUGAUGUGCCUGAUGGGAAUUCAGCAGAUUCCGCCCCUUCACCACCCAACCCGGACGUGAUCUCCACCACAGAAAAAAAAAAAAAAUCCAGAUCCUUUCAUAUCAAAAAGACCAAAACGAAUCUCGGGGAAGCAGACGAUGGCAAAAGGAAAGGACGCAGGGGUCAUAAAAAGAGUUGUGCUUUGCAGUGAGGUAGCACCAAAGAGAAGAACAAGAAAAGAAAGAAAAAAUAAACCAAUUUCACUGCUUUUCUACUAAAUAUAGCCCUGCCUGUCUUAAGUCAUAGUAUAAUUAUGUAUGUAUGUAGGUAUGUAUGUAUGUCAUAUGUAACAUCUGCACUAUAUUUGAGGAGCAAGCGUAUUGGAAAAAUUUGCAUUAAAAAGUUCUGUAAUAGAGGUAGUGGUUGGGAUAAUGCCUCUACUUCUACAGUGAUCUGGCCAUUCCAAGAAAAUUUAGUAGGUCUACAGCUACGUUAGCACUGUCCUGUGACCUCUGGGUUCACGCGGUCCUUUGGGGAGUUUGUGGAGGUAGCAGUGACAUGGAAUUAUAUCAGUCAAUUCUCAUUGUAAAAAAACCUGAUGGAUAAUUUUACACAGAGACUGAAAUGACUGUUUAAGUUCAGGUGAAAUUUAUGUUUGUGUCUGUCCGAUUAUGAAUCAGCAUCCGGUGUUCUACGAGCAAACUCAAAUGUCCAUGAGAUGGAAGGCAGUGGUUGAACUCCAGUCAGCAAUAAUGCCGUGUGUUUGUAUGUCAUUUCCCUCUUUCAAGAAUCGUUGAAUAAAUUAUUCUGAUAUGGCGAAAGAUUAUUUGAAAA